GAGGUGCUCCGCGGCGGGACAAUCCGCUGCUAGCCACCAGCUAACUUAGCUAGCAGGCGAGCUAACCCGUUAGCAGCUGGCGGUGGUCCCAGCCCUUCGACUUAACACAUAAAAUGUUUGGCGGUAGCACUCUAGAACGGUGAUUUUUUCGUAAACGGUUGGUUGUUUGAAACAUUGCUCAGAUUGCCCUUAAAGUGCAAGUUUUGGGUAAGUUGUUAGCCGAGACAAGACAGACCGUUUUAUCAAGGUAACCAGAGUAAGUAGCAUCGUUUCCCGAGUUUUUCAAAAUAAAACUGUAAUUUGCGCUCAUAAUUGGAGCAAAAUAAUAGUUGUCAUUUCAGUAAAUGGGUCAAAAGGUGAAUAUAUUUAACUUUCUAAGCGUUUCACAUUCAUCUUUGUAUUUCUAUGUGUAUAAGUGGAUAAUGAAAUUUGAGAAAAGACAUGGCAUGUGAAAAGUAUUUUACUUUAUUUAUUUAUGUUUACUACUCUGUCGUUUUACAGCUGAGUUAAGUGUAAAAACCUAACAUUACAUUGAGACAUAAAUGGAAAUAGCCCCAGAUAGAAAGAGAGGUGGAAAAUAGACUCAUUUUGUAAAAUAGCUAUAAAAUAGCUAUAUGCUUCCGAAUUCAGUUUAAUUCUGUCUGUGUAUAAUGUGAAAAUGGUUAUUGUUAUCGAGCUACCAGUUUGUCUUACUUUGAAGGUUGCAAGCAUCGCUUCCGCUUUCUAGUCUCGUUCUGGCUAACAGGACAGCUAAGCAGCAGUUGAUGGGAGGUUGGUGCUCAGGGGAACCAACUGGAGUUGACGGCGCUAGCUUAGCCAGCACAGGCUGCUAGGGGAGUGAUCUGUUGUUGCAGGUUUGGCAAGAUGCUAAUAGAGGCGAUUUAACCGCAACACACUGCAGCAAGUCUCCUGUGUGACUCCUCAGAGGUCCAGCCGAGCUGAACUUCGCUGAGCCAUGCGACAGUGGUGUGUCCCCGUUGCGACCCCACGCACUGAACCACUCCCGGGGCGCCUGUCCGUGUCACCACCUCCAUCAGAUGCCAGAAUGGAGUGCUGUGAGGUGGAGCCCCGCUACACCAUUGAGCAGAUUGACCUCCUGCAGCGCCUGCGCCUGUCCGGCAUGACCAAACCUCAGAUCAUCCACGCUUUGGAGUCCCUGGAGAGGCUGGACCCCGAUCACCGCCCGUCCCACUGUGACUCUCACCCGGCCCCUUCCAACAACGCCCCCGCCACUGCUGCCCCAGCCCCGUCCUCGUCAUCAUCAUCCUCCGCCUCCUCGCUCUCCCUGGCCUCAGCAACCACGCAGACCUCCGGCCUGGACGGCGCCGCGCUGUCCCCAAGCAACAGCUUUGAGGCCUCUCCCCCACCCCUCUAUCCUCCCACUGUGGCAGUUCAGCGGUCUUUCAGCUACGACAUGAUGGGGGAGGAGGAUUGGGACCUGGAGGAAAAGGUGGAGGAGUACAUGAGGAGAGACAGCAACCUGGUGAAAGAAGAGAUUAAAACUUUCCUGAACAACCGCAGAAUCUCUCAGGCAAUCGUGGGCCAAGUUACAGGCAUCAGCCAGAGCUACAUUUCUCAGUGGCUGCUGCAGCAGGGCCUGGAGAUGAGCGACUCCAAGCGCAGAGCUUUCUACCGCUGGUACCUGCUGGAGAGGAACAACCCAGGGCUGAGGUGGAGUGAAAGCCAGCACAGCGUGAGUCCCAGGGCCAGGGGAGGGGACAGAGACGGGACGGUAGCAGGGGCAAGCGGCAGCCUCCCCAACAUCCUCCCCAAUCCCAACACCAACCUCAACCCCAACCCAUCGUGGAGCAGGCAGAGAGAGCUGCUGAUGCACUUGCUGCCGUGGUACACUGCUGCAGCCGCAGCUGCCCAAGCCCAGCCAGGUGCUACCUUAUCAAUGCGUUCUUUGGUGAAGGAAGAGCCUGACUGGAGGACGGGGAUCAUGACAGGCGACAGAGCAGGGAUAGUGGGCGGUCCACUGAGGCUGCGCAGAGGAAGCCGUUUCACCUGGAGAAAGGAAUGCCAAUCAAUUAUGGAGAGCUUCUUCAUGGAGAACCAGUAUCCAGAUGAGGCGAAGCGGGAGGAGAUCGCCAACGCCUGUAACUCCGUCAUCCAGAAACCAGGCUGUAAGCUGUCAGAGUUUGAGCGUGUGACGGCGCUGAAGGUUUACAACUGGUUCGCCAAUCGUCGGAAGGAGAUGAAGAGGAGAGCGAAUAUAGCUGCCAUUUUGGAAAGCCAUGGGAUCGAGGUACCAAGUCCAAGCUGCCACUCGAAUGGGGAGGAAGGAGAGAUGCAGGAGUUCACGGAUCAGGUGACUCAUCGAUUCUCAGAGCAAGAAGACACGUCUUCCCAGAGGAUUGUCGACCAACAGGAUCCCGCCUCGCUCGCUUCUACGGAGGUGGCAGCCUUGCCGAGCCCCCGUCCUCAGGUUCUGGAACAGAAAGAAGAGGAUUCAAAAAGGGAGAGCGUGGAUGAAGAGUGACUGAAGUCGGGCACGUCUGUGUUCGAAUUUUAAUCAGAUGAAAUAAGGAAACAUUAAGUGUCUCCUGCUCCACCAAUGCAGGGCCUUUUCGGGCCUGAGUCACCCAAAUAUGAAAGGGAGGUGGGUGCGGAAGCUCGCUGAGGUGCCUCAGAUGGUAAGGAGGCCACUGUAUUUAUCAACAGUAAUCCUGCUUAUAUUAACGGCAAUAUACAGUAUAUAAACAUCUAAAUAUAUAUAUCAAUAUAUAUAGUGCAUUCCAAGAUGGUAUUAAAAAGCCUAAAUUCCUUAGAGGGAGAAUCAUGUAAGUGAUACCUCGCCUAUUUUAAGCUAAGCGUUUUCUGUUUUUGUGCUCCAUGCCUUCUUUGAGCUUUGUUUUUUAAAGGGUGGCUGUUUGAUGGACUGUGGUGACGGGAAUGUGCUGAGCCUGCAGGUCGGGUGUGUCGGGGUGGUGGGGAUAAAGCGCGACAUCAAGGAUCUAGCGUGCGGCGAAAAAAACGCCCUCUGUUUUCUUGAACGUCUUGACCUCUCCCCCCCUCCCUCCCUCCAUCUGAUCCGUAAGACUGCAACCUCAAUCGGUCAAUCGAUUGAUUCAAUCAGUCGAUCAAUCAAGGAGUGCUGUUGCCAUCAAAAGCCCUGAGGGACAACCGGAAUCUCAGGUAAUCCCAAAAAUCGUGGAUAAAGGCGGUGAAGAGUUGCACCAGGUUUCUUUCGUGUCUUAACGUGUGCUUCGUUUUCUUCGUCUUAACUGUUUAACCGAAACAGGAAGUGUUAUUUAUACCUUUUGAUAUUAGCCAGACAUGCCUAGGACUAAGUAUCACACUAUCUGUCUUCUUCCUUAUAUUUAAUGCUGCUGUCUCCAACCUCAGCCAGUGAAGCUAGACUAGAAACAUAAAGUCUACUCAGUUUUUUUUUUCUUGUUUCUUUUUUAUCGUUUGAAAGAACGCUAAAACAAAUGUGAUCAAAAAUCAUUGUGCGACAACAUAAAUGCUACAAGUUACCCUCACUUUCUAUUGGGAUAAGCUAAAGCUCGAGCUUGUAAAUUUCUCAGGCUGCAAAGCUGCACUUCGGAGUGAAUCUUACUGGAAUUGUGUUCGAGGAGCUCUCCGACAUGUACAUAACCCAGAAAAAAAAUCCCACACCUAUGGGUGCUUUCCUUUCAGUCCAUUAGCAGUAUAUAGAAACUUAUUUGUCAGACUUGAAAUAUGAAUAGCUGAACUUUGCAUUACAUAAUCCCUCAUAUAUUCACUGGCCUGAGGCCUUGGAAGUUACCUCCUCGAUGUUCAUAUAAUGAACAAAAACUCAUGUUCUCAAAUUGCGGGUGGGGGCGGCUACCAUUUUACCUCCUAAUGCCAAAGCUAUGCCACGGUAGAGAAACCAGGAAGUGAUGGUCACAACACUAUAGCUAUACAAUAGAUAGGUUUAUUUGCUCAGUACAACACUAGCCAACUCAAGCUUACCUCAGAGUUCCUGUGUGACAGGCGUGCACGACGGGUUUAGUGUCACGAAGCUUCGACAGCAGCCCUCAUUGUGACUGUUUAUGAUAUGGACAGUGUCAUGUAGCUUUUAUGGCGCUGGGGUUUGCCCUGUGUUGAUAAUGUAUUCUCACCUCAGACAGUUCCCUCGUCCAGCUUUGGACAGGAAAGCUGCACACCAUUAUGAUUAUAAUGCUCCUCUCUAUCUCUCUGCUUUUAUCCGACAAGGGAAACCAGUAACGAUAAUAAAAUUGUACACAACCAG